UGUACACAUGUAGCCUGAGCCCUGUCGCUGUGUGUCUGUCUGUUGGCUUUUGUUUCCAUCAUGUCUGUAAUUAAAACGAGUUUAAGACUGUUCCUGUUCUCCGUAGUCACCGUCCUGUGCGUGCUGUUGCUGCGACAGUGGAUGGCCACUAAGCAAUACGUUUUCAACAAAGAAGACGUCGCCAAACUGGCCAAACAGUACGCAGGACAGGACCAUGAGCAGGCCUUCUCCAAAGUGGUGGUGGAGCUCAGGAAGAGAUAUCCUGGCCACAUCCUGCCAGACGAGGACCUGCAGUGGGUGUUUGUGAACGCUGGUGGAUGGAUGGGCUCCAUGUGUCUCCUCCACGCUUCGCUCACAGAGUACCUGUUGCUGUUUGGUACCGCGGUGGAUACAGGAGGACACUCAGGUCGCUACUGGGCUGAGAUUUCAGACACUAUCAUCUCUGGCACUUUCAGACAGUGGAAGGAGGGAACAACUAAGAGUGAACUUUACUACCCUGGUGACACCAUCGUACACAGCGUAGGCGAGGCUACAUCUGUCCAGUGGAGCGCCGGGACAUGGAUGGUGGAGUACGGCCAAGGUUUCAUCCCCUCCACCCUGGGCUUCGCUCUGGCAGACACCCUGUUCAGCACCCAGGACUUCCUCACAAUGUUCUACACUGUACGAGUUUACGUCAAAUGUCUGCUGCUCGAGGCUGGUACACUACUCACAGAUGCAGGAGUUUUCUGAGGCACAGCCUGCACAGGGACAGUAACAUCAAAUGUUUGCCAUGUCGUCCGAAGCCCCUUUUUGUCCCCUGAUCACUAACAUCUAGCAUGGGGGGGAAUGUCUGUUCAACCAUUUUUGCCUGAAGUUGUAGACAAUCAAGCAUCACUAGAGUUGAUUCCAUCUACAUUCAAGUUUGUGACUCUCCAUAAAGGCUAUACAAAAAACAAAAAGUUUGACUUCACCCCAACUUGUAACACAAACUGACAUCUUGAUAUCAAACUGCAUCAACAAUAGUGCAACGGUGAAUCUUUUUUUAAACCACUGGAACACACACAGGAACAUGUCAUUCUGAAUCAACCCUUACCCUAGGUCCCUUCUUAGUACCCUUUUACACAAUGAUCAUUCCUCUGAGAGCUCUGCUACUGCCUUCGUAGUCAGUGAGAUCUUACUGUAAGUUUACUAAUAUACAAACUAUUGCAUAUUUUUAAAAUCCAGUUUAAAUAAAUAUUCUCAAAGACCAUAAAACUACUUUUGCCAAAUUUGAGAUUCUUCUGUGAAUAAUACAGAUUUGUUUGUAACAAGGUAUAUACACAUAUAUAAUACACUUUUUCAGUAAAUGCUGAAGUCCAAAUUAGUUGUUGAUUAUCUUGCAUCUCUAGACCAAGGGAUCCCUCUUAAACAAAUGUACAAUGCUUAAUUUGGCUUGUAAAACAAACAGCAUUUUCUCAGUAGAUACCCAUCUCAUAUUUAUAUGCAUGUGGAUUCUCAGUGAAUGUGGGUCUUGUGUUAAUCCAGUUUUCUGAAUAUCUGACUUCCAAAGAUUACGCCUCUGUUGUGUUUUGGCACUCACUCAGAGUUGAUCUGUCAAUCUAAGAGGUUAUUUUGAAGAAAAUUGCAAGGAUGGUGUGAGGAAGGUCCCAUGUUGCCCCAAUGAGAGCCGUAGUCAGAUGCUCACCAGCUCAGAGACAGCCGUGUUUAAAUGAUUAUAGAUUGUGUGUUAUUGUGUGUUGACUCCAGAGCUACUGUGCAACAGCAGAUUUCAAACAAUGAUAUAGGAGCAAUUUUCAGAUUUCUCCUUUUUUUUCUCCUCGCAACCCAACUUAAUCCUAAUACAUUAUGUAAUGUAUCUGACAUAUUUUAGAAAGUUUUAUGAGUUGAACUAGACAUGUUACAAUAUAUUUUUAAUUGUUUAAAUAACUACAACUAUCAACUUGGCUCUGGAACUUUGCACUAGCCCAACAGGGCAAAAACAACACUAUCUGAGGGUCUCAUCCUUCACAUCUCCAUACUGUAGUAAAUACUGAGCAGAAGCAGUAGAACGUCAAAGCCUUUUGAAAAUAUUACACUUUGAUUUGUACUCUAAAAGCAAAUCACUGUUGCCCCCAGUUUCUACCUUUUCAGAUCAAAUAAAAGCCUUAUUUUUAGAUUGAUGCUUGAACCCGUCAAGCUUCUGUGGGGGUGAAAUCAUACUGUAACUACCUAAAACUGGAGUUAUUUGGUUGAAAUGAAGCAGCAUCAGCAUCAUGUGGUCUCAGGUUGGAUGGAAAAACAAAUGAUACUGUAACUUGAACAUUGAUGAGUGGAUGUGCAAUGUACUGUAAGGUAAUGAUGAAAACUGACAGUGCCAGAAGAAAUAAAUGUUUUUGGAA